AUUACAAUGCUUAAUUAGUUGUAUAUGCUACAUUCUUCUUACCAAUUAUAUUUCAUCAAAAAUGUCAAUAGGUCAAGAAGCAUGGUCCACUUCUAGCUUCGAGGAGGAAACCGGAAAUGCUCGAUCCCUUUCGGAUCGGAGCGGUUUCGAUUCGCUCACCGGAAUUUACCAUUCGCUCCAUCAACUUGGAGAAAAUUUCCAAAUCCCCACAAAUCAUGACCUUGACACAGCUAGUUAUGUGUUAUCUCAAUUCCCUCAUCCUGACCAUGCUGAGUCAAGAAUUGCACUUGUUGAUCUAGCCACUAAGCAACAACUCACCUAUGCACAACUCAGCCGAUCGAUCCGCGCCCUCGCUUCCGGUUUCUACCAUGCUCUUGGAGUUCGGAAAGGCGACGUUGUUUUCGUAGUGUCACCGAAUAGUAUUAUCUAUCCAACUAUAUGCCUAGCCAUAUUUUCAAUUGGAGCAAUCCUGAGCCCUGCCAACCCAAUUAACACGGAAUCAGAACUUGCGAAACAAAUACUUGACUCUGGCGCUAAGCUUAUCAUAUCAGCACCUGAAGAAUUACAUAAGCUGAAACAAAAUGAAAUUCCAAUACUACUCACAACUCGAAAUACCGAUAAUUCCCUGUCGAUAGAAGAGCUAAUCGAAUGUUCCGAUCCUGUCGAGUUCCGACAGGUCCGAAUAGCUCAAUCUGACACUGCGGCUAUACUCUAUUCGUCGGGAACUACAGGAACAAGUAAAGGUGUGAUAUUAACACAUAGAAACUUUAUAUCAGUAAUAACAUUCCUGAAAUGGUCAGUUUAUGCAACUUCAUCUCAAAAUGAUACAUUCCUCUGUUUUAUUCCAAUAUUUCACAUCUACGGCUUAGCGUUUUUCGGAUUAGGAUUGUUUUGUGCCGGCAUCAAGACGGUUUUAAUGCAGAAAUUUGAUUUGGAAGCAAUGCUUGAUGCAAUUGAAGUUCAUGAAAUUAACAAUAUACCUGCAGUGCCUCCUGUGAUACUAGGGCUAGUAAAGCAAGCCACUAAACUUAAGUGUGAUCUUUCUAGUUUAAGAAGAGUUGGGUCUGGAGCAGCACCAUUGAGUAAAGAACUGAAUCAAGAAUUUAGAAAGAAAUUCCCAUGGGUAGAAUUAAGACAAGGAUAUGGGUUAACCGAAAGCUGCGCCGCCGCGACGUUUUUUACGUCGGAUGAUGAGGCGAAGGCGCGACCGGGUUCUUGUGGAAAAUUGGUUCCAAGUUUCAGUGGUAAGAUAGUUGAUUCUGUGACAGGAUUGGAUUUAGGACCUUGUAGAGAAGGGGAGGUUUGGUUGAAGAGUCCUACUAUUAUGAAAGGUUACUUGGGAAACAAGGAAGCAACUGAUGCAACUAUUGAUCCUGAUGGCUGGUUAAAAACUGGUGAUUUGGGUUAUUUUGAUGAAGAUGGAUUUCUUUAUAUUGUUGAUAGGAUUAAGGAACUAAUCAAACAUAAUGGUUAUCAGGUAGCUCCUGCAGAACUGGAAGCCAUACUUCUGAGCCAUCCCCAAGUGCUUGAUGCAGCUGUUAUACCUGUUGAAGAUGAAGAAGCGGGGCAGAUACCGAUGGCGUAUGUAGUGCGAGACAAUUCCGAGCUUACCGAACAACAAAUCAUUCAGUUUGUUGCUACUCAGGUUGCUCCGUACAAGAAAGUUAGAAGAGUAAGUUUCAUCAAUGUCAUUCCGAAAUCUUCUGCUGGCAAAAUCCUAAGAAAGGAGCUUGUUUUGCUAAGUAAACUGCAGCUUAAUUCAAAAUUGUAGUUCUUUUCUUCUUUUUUCUGCUUCAGGAAAACAUUGUACUUAUCCCUCAAUCAA